UUGGCAGCCGUUGAGAACGAGGCACGGCGAGCGAGCCCUCCGUACAUUGCCAGGUGUUAGCCGGCCUCUCGGGAGUAACUCGCGUUGACCCCGCGUUACCUUUUGCUUUCGUGUAGCAGUGCAUACCUCACGUGUCUGUGCCACCUUGGUCGUGCAAAAGCAGCCUUGGAUUUACCCCUUUGGAUUAAUACACUCUCGCCUUGGACGCGCUGGGCUCCUCGAAUUUCAUGUUCAGCUGGUGAAGUGGACCAGUGAUGGGGUCCGACGGGCCGUCGGGCCCGCCUGUGGCCCUUAGGCCCGCGUCUCUCCGGUUGCAUCUCCGACCCACGAGGCCCCAUCGUCCGCACGUCUCGCAUCAUCUACCAGCUUGUUGUUCCAAGAGAGCACCACAUUUAAUGUUGGGCGCGCCAUGAGUCCAGCAUGUCGACGUCGGUGAGCCUCGAGGCGUCCGCAUCGGCCACGCCGCCCGUGCACAAGAUGAACGGGGGCCUAUCCGCUAGGCCUUUGCUCAACGUCAGCUCUCUGUCCAAACCCUCGACGGGUUCUCCGUGUCGAGCGGGCUUCUUAGACGCCACGGGCAAUUCCCGAAGCAGCACUGUCCAGGCGUUCACAAGCGGGGAAGCGGCUUCCGUCUACCAGCUUCUGGCAUCCCUCGCCCUGCUCUGUGUCCUGUCCCUUCUCAUGGCAUUUUUAGCCCUGUUCUUUCUACAACGGGUCGGCCCUCUUCAACCGUGGAUGGGACCUGGCACUGGUGCUAAUGGCAACAGUGGGGAGUCAUGGCAGCAACAGCAGCAGCAGCAAAAUCGAAGACGGGCAGUGGUGACAGUGGACGAGUACCAAACAGUGUACCAGGUGUCUGUGGCCAUGAGCACGCUCACCAUUUCCCUCAACCUGUGCUGCCUUUUUGUCUGCUGCAUCCAAUUUCUUUUCACCAUCAAGCUCCUCAAGACGCCAAACGGCGAACAGAGAACAAACAAAUUCAUCAAAAGGAGUUCUCAUACACGGGUCUUGGCCAUCGCCGGCUUCUUCCUCUCCAUCCCUAUCUUUUUCACAGGUGUCAUACUUUUCACCUUCAUCCACUUCCACGAGUUGCCCGCAAUCAUCACCAGCAUUGUCAUUGGACUGGGAAUAGUGUUCUGUGGUGUGGCGUCAGUGCACAACGUAUAUUUGUGGCAGUGGGAAAAAACGCGCGCCACCAAAGAACUUGCAGAAAGCAGGGCCCUCGGACCUCAACCUGAUCUGACACACACGCUUGAACUGUCGACGCUCGUGUGACACCAGUGAUUGUGACUGUGCUAUCCGUCGAAGGCGACUUGAGCGACACCUCAAACGUACCUGCAUAGAGUUACCGCAGACACGACAUAGAAGGGCAGCGGGCACGGCAAGAAAGUGGGCCAGACGAAGCAGCUUUCCAACAGCCAAAGAAUGAAGCAGAGAAUACAUACUGCUCGAGAUGCUGGAUACUGCACUAGCUUACUAUGGUAGUAAAAUGGCACAUUACGGACCAAACAGGAUUAAAGCAGCAUAGUGAACGGCAGGCUUCAUUUUACAUGCACACAAACCUGCAGCAAUCAUAUCUCACACCUUUUCAUGUGACAAAACUUCCCGAUACGAUCACAUUUCAUGUAUCAAAAUCAGGGAUCAAAAUUAAUGUCUUGCACUUGCAAAAAUGCUGCCUGAACAAUAUGGCAUUACAGUCCCAGUUUCCAAUAUAAUACGGGGCAGUACAGAACAGCGACAGACAGUCCGUCAAUUCAAUUACCGAGCAACACCACCAGGAUGGGGUCCUAAAAGGCAUCUAUCGGCAUCAUGAGCAUAAAAGCUACUGGGAGCCCUCCUUAGCAAGCAUGAUGUGCACCAGCAUCAACGAAAACAUGGAAACUGUGUGCUGCACCCUAGAAGGUGACUUCACAGUGAACCACCAUGCGACUCAUCGUCCUGAGCAAGCUUCGCCUUAACAAGUGCCGAUAUCCUGCUCAAAAAUACUGCCAACACUGGUCAGAACUGGAAGUAGUAACCCGAGUAUGCGCAAGCACACGAUAAACUUGUACAGUCAAAUGUUAUGUGUUGAAUGAUAAAUACUUGUAACAUGU